GCGGGCGCGCACAUGGCCGCGAACAUGUCCCCGGACGAGGAGGAUGUGCAGCGGCUCCUGAUCCAGUUCCGCGAUGAGGCAGGGGAGUGCCUGGGCUCCCCCUUCGACGUCCCGGUCACCAUCACCCCGGACAAGCUGCAGCUGGUCUGCAACGCCCUCCUACAGAAGGAUGAGCCGGUGCCUCUGGCCUUCUUCGUCCACGAUGCCGAGAUCGUGGCGUCGCUGGAGAAGACUCUGGCAGGGCAGAGCGUGGAGACAGAGAAGGUCCUGGACAUCAUCUACCAGCCGCAGGCAGUGUUCAGGGUGCGGGCGGUGACACGCUGCACCAGCUCCCUGGAGGGACACACCGAGGCCGUCAUCUCGGUGGCUUUCAGCCCCACGGGAAAGUACCUGGCAAGUGGCUCUGGAGACACCACUGUCCGUUUCUGGGACCUGAGCACGGAAACGCCGCAGUUCACGGCCAAAGGUCACCGGCACUGGGUGCUCAGCAUUGCUUGGUCACCUGAUGGCAAGAAACUGGCCUCGGGCUGCAAGAACAGCCAGAUCUUCCUCUGGGACCCAGCCACUGGCAGCCAGAUCGGCCGGGUGCUCUCUGGCCACUCCAAAUGGAUCACAUGUCUGUGCUGGGAACCGCUCCACAGAAACCCAGAGUGCCGUUACCUGGCCAGUGCCUCCAAGGACGGCAGCAUCCGCAUCUGGGACACGCUGAUGGGCAGGUGUGACAAAAUCCUCACAAGCCACACGCAGUCGGUGACCUGUGUGAAGUGGGGGGGCGAUGGCUUGCUCUACUCCUCCUCCCAGGACAGGACCAUCAAAGUCUGGAGGAGCCAGGAUGGUGUCCUGUGCCGCACGCUGCAGGGCCACGCUCACUGGGUGAACACCAUGGCCCUGAGCACCGACUACGUUCUCCGCACCGGCGCCUUCGAGCCGGCCGAGGCCACCAUCAACCCCCAGGAUGUCAAAGGCUCCUUGUCAGAACUGAAAGACAGGGCACUGCAGAGGUACAACCAAGUCCGGGGCCAGGAGCCAGAAAGGCUCGUCUCGGGGUCAGAUGAUUUCACCCUGUUUCUUUGGAGACCAGCAGAAGACAAGAAGCCACUGGAGAGAAUGACAGGCCACCAGGCAUUGAUUAACCAAGUCCUGUUCUCACCAGACACCCGGACCAUCGCUAGUGCUUCCUUUGACAAGUCCAUAAAGCUCUGGGAUGGUAGGACAGGAAAGUACCUGACGUCUCUGCGGGGCCACGUCUCGGCCGUGUACCAGAUCGCCUGGUCAGCCGACAGCCGCUUGCUGGUGAGCGGCAGCAGCGACAGCACCCUCAAGGUCUGGGAUGCCAAGACAAAGAAGCUGGCCAUAGAUCUGCCUGGCCAUGCAGAUGAGGUGUAUGCAGCGGAUUGGAGCCCGGACGGACAGAGGGUGGCGAGCGGAGGGAAGGACAAGUGUUUGCGGAUAUGGCGUCGAUAGGAGCAGUGACAUGGAGCUGCUGGUCCUGCCCUCAGCACAGACCUGGGACAUCUCCACAGUGAUGGAUGAAGAGAUUGACCCAGACAUGGCUCCGUGUUCCCGUUGGCAACUCUCCCUCAUGGACCCUUUCCUUAUAUUUAUUUAAGGAAAUUUUAAUUUUAGUUCUUAUUAAGAGCUGUGCAUUGUAGGAUGAUUUCCUCUGAACAUCACAGGAGGGAUAUCUCAUCUGCCUCCA